AUGGAGGCGGCGCCGCGGCGGAGCCCCGAGCCGCGGGAGAAGCCGCCGGUGCUGGACGGGGAGGCGGCGGGGGCGCCCGCGGGGGCGUCGGGCGCGGCCCCGGCCUCGCCGGCGGCGACGGAGCAGAUCGUGGCGGAGGGCGAGGCGGCGGCGGCGGGCACGUUCGUGCAGCGGCAGCUCGGGGCGAUGCUGCAGCCCGCCGUGAACAAGUUCUCGCUGCGCAUGUUCGGCAGCCACCGGGCCGUGGAGAUCGAGCGGCAACGGGUGAAGUCGGCGGGCGCCUGGAUUAUCCAUCCCUACAGCGACUUCAGGUUUUACUGGGACCUCAUCAUGCUGCUCCUGAUGGUGGGGAAUUUGAUCAUCCUGCCCGUGGGCAUCACCUUCUUCAAGGAUGAGAACACCCCUCCCUGGAUCGUUUUCAACGUGCUGUCGGACACUUUCUUCUUGGCUGACCUGGUGCUGAACUUCCGGACAGGCAUCGUGGUGGAGGACAACACGGAGAUCAUCCUCGACCCUCACACCAUCAAGAUGAAGUACUUGAAGAGCUGGUUCCUGGUGGACUUCAUCUCCUCCAUCCCUGUGGACUACAUUUUCCUCAUCGUCGACCUGGAGACCCAGGUGGACUCCGACGUCUACAAGACGGCGCGGGCGCUGCGCAUCGUGCGCUUCACCAAGAUCCUCAGCCUGCUGCGCCUGCUGCGCCUCUCGCGCCUCAUCCGCUACAUCCACCAGUGGGAGGAGAUCUUCCACAUGACGUACGACCUGGCCAGCGCCGUGGUGAGGAUCUUCAACCUCAUCGGGAUGAUGCUGCUGCUGUGCCACUGGGAUGGCUGCCUCCAGUUCCUGGUGCCCAUGCUGCAGGACUUCCCCGAGGACUGCUGGGUCUCCAAGAACCGCAUGGUGAACGACUCGUGGGGCAAGCAGUACUCGCACGCCCUGUUCAAGGCCAUGAGCCACAUGCUGUGCAUCGGCUACGGGCAGCAGGCGCCCGAGGGCAUGACCGACGUGUGGCUCACCAUGCUCAGCAUGAUCGUGGGGGCCACCUGCUACGCCAUGUUCAUCGGCCACGCCACCGCCCUCAUCCAGUCGCUGGACUCGUCCCGCCGCCAGUACCAGGAGAAGUACAAGCAAGUGGAGCAGUACAUGUCAUUCCACAAGCUGCCCGGGGACACGCGCCAGCGCAUCCACGAGUACUACGAGCACCGCUACCAGGGCAAGAUGUUCGAUGAGGAGAACAUCCUGGGGGAGCUCAGCGAGCCCCUCAAAGAGGAAAUCAUCAACUUCAACUGCCGCAACCUGGUGGCCAACAUGCCCCUGUUUGCCAACGCCGACCCCAACUUUGUGACGGCCAUGCUGACCAAGCUGCGCUUCGAGGUCUUCCAGCCCGGCGACUUCAUCAUCCGUGAGGGCACCGUGGGCAAAAAGAUGUACUUCAUCCAGCACGGCGUGGUCAGCAUCCUCACCAAGGGCAACAAGGAGACCAAGCUGUCUGAUGGCUCCUACUUUGGGGAGAUCUGCCUGCUGACGCGGGGCAGGCGCACGGCCAGCGUCAGAGCCGACACCUACUGCCGCCUCUACUCCCUGGCCGUGGACAACUUCAACGAGGUGCUGGAGGAGUACCCCAUGAUGAGGAGAGCCUUCGAGACCGUGGCCAUGGACCGCCUGGACCGCAUAGGCAAGAAGAACUCCAUCCUGCUCCGCAAGCGAGCCGAGCACAGCUCGGGGCCCCUGAACACCGAGAUGAUCCAGCAGAUCGUGAAGCACGACCAGGACAUGGCCCACAACAUCCAGGACCUGCAGCAGAUGGCGAUGGGCCGGGAGCUGAGCGGCAAGCCGGUGAUUUGGGAGCCCCUGGUGCACGCACCCCUGCAGACGGCCGCCGCCACCACCAACGUGGCCAUCGCGCUGACCCACCAGCACAGCCUGCAGGCUCACAUCUUCCUGCCGCCCUCCUCCAUCUCCAGCCCGCUCUCUCCCGAGGCCACGCUGCUCGCCAAGCCCGUGCGCCGCUCCCAGCCCAGCCUGGGCGGCUCCCGGCCCUCGUCGGUCGGCUCGCCCUCCGGGGCUCCGUCCCACCUGCACACACCGGCCGCCGGCUCGCCUUCCUCGCCCAUGGUCCAGCCCCAGGUACCGCUGGAGAGCGGCGGGGCCCAGAGACCCAGCUCGGGGGCUCAGCCGCUUCCCCGCUCGGCGCAGAGGGCGGAGGUGGCAGCGGGGCCCAAGCAGCCCCCGGGCGGCCCCCAGCCCCAGCUCUCCCGCUCCCGCGGCGCCUCGGUGUCCACCUCGCUGCUGCAGCAAGCGGCGGGCGCCGCGUCCCCCAGCUCCGAGCAGGCGCUGCCGCCGGGGAGAACGCUGCACUACAGCCUGUCCCGAGCCACCGGCUCGCACAUCUCGCUCCUGAUGCAUCCCCAGCAGCUGGUGAAGCACAGGAGCAUCCAGGGGCUGCCGGUGGGGCGGCUCACGCAGGAUGUCCGGCUCCUUUCCGCCUCGCAGCCUUCCCUGCCCAACAAAGUGGCGCAGCAAGCCGACGGCAGCUCCUUGAAGCAGGGCAGGAAAUCUGCGGGGAACCUGGCCCGCAGGUCCUCGCCCUCGGUGGCCGGACUGCUGGCCAAGCCGUGCUCGGGGGUGGCGGCGCACUCGCAGCCCCCGGGGCCGCUGCCUCAGCCCGGCCGCUCCGCGCCGCAGUCGCCGGGCCCCGCGUCCCGGCCGGCGGCCGCUCCCUCCCGCAAGGGCUCCGUGGCCUUCAGCCCCGAGGUGGAAACGGCGAAGUCCAAACUCCCGUCCAACAUGUGAGUCCUGUUGGCGGCCGCACGGGCAGGAAGGGAGGCGGGAGAAGCAGAGCAUCAGCCCCGCCGGCUCGGAGGGGAAAUGAGGUGAGAGGCAGCAGCCGGGGCCGUGGAGGGGCUGGUUCAGGCACGGGGACGCGGCAGGGAUGGGCAUGGGGCCGGCUGGAUGAGGAGGGGGCUCUGCUGAGUGCCCCUCCUUGCUCAUCACCAUCUGGGAGUUCUGCCCUCCUGCCGGAGGCAUAGGGCAGGUCAGAUUGCCCCAAACUCUGGCCUCUCUGGGGAGCUCAGCUCCCCAAAGCUGCCCCUCGGGGGGCUGGGCCCCCCACGCUCCAUGCCGUGUGUCCCACAGCCUGUCCUCGGGGCCAGGCUGACGAUGGCAGCUCCUCCAGCUUGUCCUCUGUCACAGCAGGGGCUGCCCGAUGCCCACCUCGGUCCCCAGACUGCUCUGCCCAGCCCCUGCCCAGCCCCUUUGCCUUCAGGGCGAGGAGGCAGAGGCACCCCCUGGUUCCUCUGCCAGGGUGGAGGGAGGAGGCUGGAGCCCAUGGCCCGGGGCGUGGGGGCCCAGGGGCGGCGCUCCCCCUUCCCAGAGUGCCAGGACCACCUGGGGGUCCUGGGCAGGGCUCCCCUGGUGUGACGAGUGCCAAGGGGCAGCGCCCCAGUCCCUCUCCCCUGCUGGUGGGACCGUUUUGCCUCAGAGGUGCUGAGUGCCAGCGAGGUUGGGGUGUGCUGCUGGGCAGGGCUCUGCCCCACACCCGGGCACUGAAUGGGGGCAGCCUGGGGGGGAUUCUGCUGCCUGCAGCUCCCAGGAGGAUGCUCAGAGGGUCAGUCCAAGGGGAACCCUCUGUGGCUCCAGGAGGAUGUCCAGGUCAUCUGGGAUGACCCUUCUGUGGCUCCAGGAGGAUGCUCAGAGGGUCACCUGCAGGGCCCCCACUGCCUGUGGCUGCAGGAGGAUGCCCAGCCCGGGCUCUGCUCCCCUGCCCUGCCCUGUCCCCUGGAGAUGCCACUCACCGGUGCCACAGGAGCUGUCACAAAGAGAUGCCAAUCCCUGGGUGACAUGUGGGGGCUGUGGGGUCACCCCCCCCAUCCAACAGAUGUCCCAAAUCCCCCCUCCCCGGAGACAGUAGUGUGCAAUGUGUGUGCGAGUCGUGGCUCUGCCAAGCAGCCCAGCUCUGCUUCCAGCGUCGCUUCGGGCCAGCCGUGUUCAGUCCUGGUUAGAGUAGUGUCCCCUCCGUCCCCACCGCGCUGUGCCAGCUGCUUCCCCCUCCCGGAGCCAGGAACCGUGGCUUGUCUUCGGGCGAGGUCUCGUUCCCCUCGGUAAUUCCCCAAGUGAGAGAUCCCCUUCUCCACCCUCGCGGUUCGGGGAGAGCACUCCGGAGCGCGGGGCUGCUCUGGGAGCACCAGCCCAGCAGGAAUCCCGGCAGGGGAUGUCCUACACUGCCUUUUUUUCCCCUCUCUCCAUGGAUUUCAAUCCCCCUGCCCCGCUCACAUCCCGCUCCAUCC